AUGCCUGAAGGUGAACCCCUCUCGGUGACCCCCGCGCAGCUCUCCUUCCUCGCCAUCUACAACCCCUCGCUGGGAACGACCGAUGAGACCUUGAGCGACCAGAUCGUCUUCUACUAUUCCAAGGCGAGCCGAUUGCGGCGAAAGUCCGCCACAUUCAAUGAGACACCUUCCGGCGAAGACAAAGAUGACAUCAACGAGAGGCUGCGUCAGAUAGGCCUGGCGCAGGGAAUGGUGAAUUUCGCCAAAAACUUCUCAGGAGGGAAACCUGUUGAAAGCGUGGACACAGAAAAGUUGCGAAUUGUUCUGCAUGAACUGGAGAAGGAUUGGUGGAUUUUGGCUUCCAUCGACCUCACGCGACUCCCCUCCAAUGCUGCAAGCGGGACUGACUCUUCUGCGCCUCUUCGUAUCGAAUAUUCGUCGCGAGAAGUCUAUCCUCCUCAGUCGUUGAUCCAACAGCUUCGUAGGGCGCAUUCGAUCUUCCUAUUACAUCACGAUAUUUCUCUAGACAACCUCUACAACCGCGUUGGGAGAUCUACGUUUUGCAAGCUUCUCAGUCGCUUCUGGACGAGGUUCAUACGAAAUUGGGUGGUCCUUCUGAAUGGGAACCCCGCCGUGGACAUCUUCAAUGGCAUCAAGCUAGCUGCAGGCGGAGAAUUGGGGGUCGGCGUGGGGGAGGAAGAAUGGGGCAGUGGAGAGAGAGAGGUCCUUGAGGACUUUGUUUCAAGGACAAAUGGACUCGUUGAUCUCGUCGUCUCGAGAUUUGGCGAUGCGCAGGCGCCGCCGGAAGGAAAGCCCUCAGCGAAGGACUCGGAAAGGGACCAUCUCCCGUGGCUGGGCUCGGAUCAAUGUCCUCAACCGUCAGAUGGCGUGAUAUUCUCUGGUGUAGGAGCGAUUUCACGGUCGUCCUUGUGUCGAGUCUCUCACUGGAUGGAAUGGAUCUACAGAUAUGGCGACGCCGCGUACGGCGUCGGUGAGAAUCCAAGCUCGAUUCGACGUCGAAAGCAGAGGAGACGAGUCAGGCCAUCAGCACCUGCGUCUACUCCUCCAUCAGAAGUCCCGAAUAGGACGACCUCAGAGAGUCCUGCACCGGGUCGCAGAUCCUCACCGAGAAUACCACCCCCUCUCGUUACAGCUUCACCUCCUCAGCCACCAAAAACAGACGGUUUGUCAAGGGAGCAACGAGAUGAAAGUACGGAGGAUUCUUCGACAUUAUUUGGGACUGAAACGCUCAUGAAAUACCUCACUCUGGGGUAUGGCUCGUCAUGGCGAUUUCCCUCAAUGUCGUCGAAUGUUCCCAUUCAGCAGACAGAAGCUGGUCCGAAAGAUGAGAGCAAUGCUAUGAAAGUCUCUUCAUCCAGAAAGGGCAGCUUUAGAGACGACGCCUGCGGCAGGUUCAUUAUUGGUUUACGUGAUGACCUUGAAGACGAAAACACGGACGAUGAAAGUCCUGAGGCGGCCAGUCCGACACAGGGCCAAAAAGAAGGCGAAUCAUGGAACACUCGAACAUUGCUUAGAACGUUGCAUCUUGAGAUGGCUCAACCGGUUCCCAGCGGUGAUGACGAUGAUGAUAACGACGAAACGCCAGACGCCCAUAAAGAUCGGUAUAAGAAGCUGCAAGUUCUGGUCUAUGUGGUAUGCCAUGAGUCUGACAUUAUUAUGUUGGUGGCGGCUGACGAGAAAAACCAGCAUCGACCUUUCAUGUUCACCUUUCUCUUCGAGCUCCGAACACCCUCACUUACCUUACCCUCAUUUUACCGCAGCAUACACCAUCAGCUCGGUCCUCUCCAGCGACCGCUUUUAGCAUCCACAUCCCCUCAGAAUGUCUCUCGACGGAUCUUCUUCGCCGACGGCGACGCCGGUUCUCAGAGAAAAGCUUCGAACAACCCCGUCUACGAUUUGGUCUAUGAUCCCUCCAAUCUGACCGUCCGCUCUUCGAUCCCCAAUAUCCCGGAGCCCGGAAUGUCAGAGUUGGCCUCACCGCAGCAAGCCACCACCACUACUUCCUCUGACCACCACCGUCCACCAUGGACUCGAAUGGAAGCUCUCCAUAUCCACAAUCAGUUUUUGAGCACCUACACAGGUACGCGGUCACGACCGCUAGAGAUGGAACGAACCUGCAAGACCAGUCGCGGCUGGUGGCUAGUCUGGGUCCGCAUCCCAAGCACAAGCACAAGCACAAACAACAGCGACCGCGAAACAACCUUCCCGGAGAACAAUGCUGCAGCGCCCAGAGAAGCAUUCCUGGUCCGAAAAGCGACGGACGCGCCGUCGCACAGACACGCGCACACGGUGAGCGGGUCACGCUUCUUCAGAGACCUCAGUGGCGUCUCGGGCAGCAGCAGUAUUGGUUCCGCAGGCGGAGGAGGAGGAUCCACGGCGCCAGGGAAAUUGGCUGAGGGACUGGGCUUUGAUGUGCGGAGGUAUAUUGAGAGCCUAUUGAGUCUUAAUCGAUAG